AUGGACGUAACCGUAAGCGCAGCCACGGGAGCCUUGGCGCCCGUGCUGGUGAAGCUGGCCGAUUUGCUGAAAACCGAGGACCGCAAUCUUCUGGGCGGGAGCCGGAGAGACGCAGAGUUCAUCAUAUCCGAGCUGGAUGCCGUGAAGUGCUCUAUCCAUCCGAGUUGGGAUUUCGAUGCGGCGUGCAAGGCUGACCUGCUUACGGAGGUGCGGGAGCUGUCCUACGACGUGGAUGAUGCCGUCGACGACUUAUAUUUGGAGCCCAGGGGCGACGAAAUCACAAACCCUUUCGAUGAGCUCAAGACAAGAGUUGAGCAUCUCUCCAAAUGGAAGCUACCGGUGACAAGCCGUCCUCCGUCGUCAGUACACCGUCGAGAACCUGGCUUGCUGCCAGCAUCUACAGAGCUCGUGGGAAUGGACGAACGCAAGGAAGAGCUCAUUAAAUUGCUGGAGCAAGGUGUAGACAGAGGGAGCAGUGACGCUUCACGAUGGCGCAAGGGAAAACCACAUUUCCCGCUCAGGAUAAGUAGGCGGCGAAUGGCACCUCCAUUUCAUAUCCGAAUCGUGAUCAAGGUUGCCAUGGACAGCAAUAAGUCCCGUUCAAAAGCAAUGCGAUUAAUUGCAAGCAUGAGGGGAGUGUUGUCAGUUACGAUCGUCGGUGAUGACAGAGACCAGCUCGUGGUGUUCGCUGAUGACUUGGACAUCAUCAAGCUGGUGACUGCGAUCCGGAAGAAGGUGGGCUAUGCGGAGUUGGUGCAGAUCAGCGAGAAUUUGGAGGUGGUGGAGGAGACAAAGACGAUGCCUGCUGCUGUCAACUCCACAUGUGAAUUUGACAAGGUGAACACAGUAUGCAUCCUUGGAUUUGCUGGUGGAGGCAAGACAACGGUUGCCAAAGAAUUAUAUGACGCAUUGGGAACGAAAUUCCAAUGCAGAAUUUUUGUGUCAGUCUCUCCAAUUCCAAGUUCUCCCAAAACCACGGAGAUUCUUGCAGACAUUUUGCAAGCACUAGGAGUAACUGAUACUCCUAGCACACCAUAUGGUGGGACCGGAACAUCGAACCAACAACAUAUCGUCGACAACAUAUCAGCUUUUCUCGUCGACAAAAAGUAUCUCAUUGUAAUUGAUGACAUUUGGCAUUGGGAUGAAUGGGAAGUCAUCAGAAAGUCCAUUCCCAAGAAUGAUCUAGGUGGUAGAAUAAUCAUUACUACUCGUCUUAAUUCAAUAGCUGAGAAGUGCCACGCUGAUGACAAUGAUGUGUUUGUCUACGAAGUUGGAGACCUAGAUAAUAAUGAUGCUUUGUUGUUGUCUGAGAGGAAAGCAAUAGACUCUGGCACGCACAACAGGAUCAGAAUUGGAGAGGAUAACCCAUGCUAUGAUAUUGUGAACAUGUGUUACGGUAUGCCUUUAGCACUAAUUUGUCUGUCAUCAGCAUUGGCAGGAAGGAUAGAAGAAUUAGGUGAUGAUGAAGCGAAAAAAUGGAGGGCUUUGAGACACAUAGAGGAUGGUAUUUUGGACAUCCCAUCCUUAAAACCAUUGGCAGAGAAUUUAUGCCUUGGUUAUGAGCAUCUUCCUCUUCACCUAAGGACUUUGCUGUUGUACUGUAGUGCAUACAAUUGGUCUGACACACACACACACAGAAUCGAAAGGGGUCGUCUGGUCUGGAGGUGGGUUGCAGAAGGAUUUGUUUCAGAAGAGAAAGAAGCAGAAGGUUACUUUGAGGAGCUUAUAAACAGAGGAUGGAUUAAACAGCAUGGAUGCUACUAUGGGAGAUCAAUUAAGCGGGACGGAGACAGCAACAGUUACAUUUACUAUGAAAUCCACCCGGUGAUGCUGGCCUUCCUCAGAUGUAACUCCAAGGAGUACAAUUUUGUAACAUGCUUGGGUCUGGGUUCUGAUAACACUAGCAGUACUAGUGCAUCCUCCCCAAGGUUGAUUCGUCGUUUGGCUCUUCAGCAGGGGUAUCCAGUGGACUUCUUGUCAAGUAGUAUGAGCAUGGAUGUGUCGUACACUCGCAGCCUUGUCGUGCUUGGUGAAGUGACGGGACUCAGAUUCGAUAGUUUUAAACGCCUGCGAGUGUUGGACCUAGAAGAUAAUGAGGAUAUGGAGGAUUCUCACCUGCAAGGCAUAUGUGAACAGUUAAGCCUCAGACUGAGGUACCUGGGUCUCAAGGGAACACGGAUCAGUAAGCUCCCUCGGGAGAUCAGGAAGCUGAAACAUUUGGAGAUUUUGUAUGUGGGGAGCACUCAGAUCAGCGAGCUUCCGCAAGAGAUUGAGGAGCUGAAGCACCUGCGGGUUCUGGAUGUGAGGGCCACGAAGAUCAGUGCGCUGCCACGCCAGAUCGAGGAGCUGCAGGAGCGUCUGCAAACUCUUGACGCCGCGUACACGUCUAUCACUGAGCUCCCGCCGCAGAUUGGCAAGCUGCAGAAUCUAAAGACUCUGAGCCUGAGGAACACGCAGGUCAGAGAGCUCCCAAAGGAGAUCGGGGAGCUGAAGAAUCUGCAGACUCUGAACCUGAGGAACACGCAGGUCAGAGAGCUCCCACCGGAGAUCGGGGAGCUGAAGCAUCUCCAGACUCUGGACGUGAGGAAAACGAGAGUCAGAGAGCUGCCAUGGCAAUGUGGCCGGAUGUCCCAAUCAUUUCGCGUGCUCGCUGGUGACAGUGAUGAGCAUGUGCAACUGCCCAUAGGCGUCAGCGAAGCUCUGGUUAACAAUGGCGAAGUUCAGUGUAAGGAUAUUGUUCUGUCCAUCGCCAUUCUCGAUCGUUUCGGGCCUCCCCUUGAUGAAGGGAUAUUCAAGGUCCCCGGUACGCACAUGGCUAUCCCGGAUUUCAUCAAACAUUACUUCCGCGUUCUUUCUUGCCUAGACAUCAGGCUCUGCCACAAGCUAGAGGACCAUGACCAAGAGUUUCUCGCCCAAAUGCCCUGCCUGCGGACGCUUGUCCUGAGGUUCGAGGCCCUACCAAGGGAGCACAUAACCAUCAAAGACACAGGCUUCCAUACGCUGGAGAGGUUCCGAGUCGACAGCCGGGUGCCACGGAUAACCUUCCAACGAGGAGCCAUGCCCAGCCUCAUACAUCUUGAGUUCAAGUUCUACGUCGGCCUGCCAAGCGAUGAUCCUGUGGGCAUCCAUCACCUGCUCAGCCUCGAAACGGUGGUCUUCCGCUGCUCCGAAUGGUAUAGCAGCGACGCCCCGGGCAUCAAGGCAACCAUUGACGUCGUCAAGAAAGAAGCCAAGGAGCAUCGCAACAGGAUCAGCCUUCGCAUUAUCAAUGGCUCUGACGAGAAAAUAUCAUCAAUUGAGAAACACACGAGCAGUGAAAAUAUUGGUAGCAGCAGUGCGACUAGUGGGGUACUUGAUACACACCAAGAUAAUAAUGACCUUCUGCCGAUCAGGAUGACCGAAGAAAAAGGGGUUCAUGGUGGUGGCACUUGUUCUACGUGCGGCCGAAGCAGUACAAUCCAAGAUGAAACCAUACAAGAUCGAGUAACAGCUAUUGAUCUGUUCGGGCCCGAGCUUAACAACUAUGGAAAUGCAAGCCACAACUAAGCUACCUAGUUAGUGCCAGGUGCCAUGUCCUAAUUUUGUUUCCCUUGAGAAUGUACUUAAUUACUCAUCGUAAAUAAUGUGAAGCGUUUUCCUGCACUUCUCAAGAUCUAUUCGAUUGGUGAGACGAUGUGUUAAGCCAGUUUAGCAUAUAUGCAAAAUCAGGUCGAUCCUUUUGCGGCUAUUUCCAAUAUGGAGACUGGAGUAGUCAAUGGGUCGGUCUAAUCUGCGA